AUGCUUAUUCGAGAGCCGACGUGGUUCAGCUCAACACCGGACAUGAAGUACCAACGCUACACAAAAGAAGAGCAUGAUGCCUUCCAUGACAACGCCGAAGAUUUCCUGAAGUUGAGUGUCAAACUUCUUGUGCAAUUCGAAUUGAAGGAGUGCUCCGGUUCUCCAAACGAGUGCAGGAUAGAGCCCAUCUAUAUAUCUAUUUACGCGGUGUACGUCAACGUUGUUGCCUGUCAACGGUGA